GCCUGGUCUGAGAACUGGGGAGGGCUGAGGGAUGGAGAGAGAGGGAAAGCAAGGGUUGUUUGAAGUUAGAGAGGUCUAAAAUUGCCUGCGUUGUACCAGAGCGGGAGACGACCAGCGACUCGUACACACACCCGCACAAUCCUGACCUCCAUCGGCUCCUCCUCCCCCGCCCCUUCACCCUCAAUAAAAGCCGAGGUUUUCUCUCUGUCCAGAUCUCACUUUCUAUCACUGGGGUUGAGUUCAAAGACACUCCCACCGCGGCCGGCGGAUUAUCACAGAGAAUCACUUCAGGAGAUGACCAGUCUUUAGUUGUGGAAUAUAAACCCGUGGGAAUGUUGAGAUGAAAUUUUCUCACGUAUGUCCGACGAGCUCAGUAAAGAAACAGCGAGUGUCACUGAAGGAGCUGAUCGCGACAUUCCUUGUUGUAUCGUUGGUGGGCAGCAGCGGAGCUUGUAACUUUGAGUGGGGUAAAUCCAUGACGAACAGCUAUAACGAUUCCAUCAAGGAGCUGAGAGACAUUCUUCCCACGGAUUACAAUCUCACGGUGUACCUGCCAAAUUCCACUGGAAUGGCCAGUUGCUGUCUAAAUCUACAAGCCUUGUUGUCACUGAAUCGAUCAUUGAGUCACCUACACCGGAACUCCGUGUUUCCGUUACAGAAUCUUGUCGCCACCGUCAUUAAUGAGCUGCAGGUCAUCAAGGAUUGUCCGGUCAUGGAAUCCUCAAACUGCCGAGUAACGCAAUGGAAUUCAACGCAUCUUCUCAAGACGUUGCAUGGAAACCUGCAGUCUUUUGAUGCGGAAUUUGACAGCAAGCAGUGCAACUUCGGUGUAUGCGUUUUGCACACCUGUUCUCCAGGACAAGGUAAUACGGUGUUGACAACCACAGCAGGUUCCACGGUGACCUCGGUGGAUGGAUUGGGUCAUUUCACCGAUAGAGCCGACCAAAUGCCGACGUCUCCAAUCGCGGUAACAAAUCCGCCAUCGCCAUCAGGCUGCACGCCCCCCAACUCCAGUGGGAAUAACCCAGACCCAUCGGCGGUCAAUGGCAGCCCGGCCAACAUGCCCGACAGCACGGAUGCUACUCCAUCCGCCCCAACCGAUGCCCUGAACAAUGCGUCAACGGUGCGCAACGGCAGCCUGGCAACCUCCACCCCCAGCCACGGACCCGAGCCAUCGUCGGCCAAUGCCAGCCUGACCAACGGGACCAAUGCCAGUCAAGUCAACGUUAGCCAGACCAGCGGAGGUGACCAAAGCCUAGCCAACUCGACGUCUCCGAACCCGGGCGCUGAGGGGAAGUUCCUAGCCUCUGUCGACUGCCUCACCGAGGAGGUGUCCACACCAAGGUCGAGGAUGGCCACUGUGGUAAUGGUGGUCAGCGUGUUGGUCAACGCUAUCCUCCUUGGCUUCCUCCUGAGGAAGAGACGCCGGCAGGCUGCUGCGCAGAUGACUGAAAUGGAGCCACUUUCAUCGGUCGGGGUGGAGCUGUGGUCAGAGAGACGGCGGAGCAGAAGUUGACAUGAUGUGGAAAGGGACUGAGAUGACCGGACUGGGACGUUCUCUCGGCGAGUUUUGCUUGGUGCUGUGUCCACCAUCUCUAUAGCUAGUCCAUCGGUCAAUCUCCAUCACUCGCUGCCCUUGCCUCAUCGGUCCGAGCUGCUCCAGCCCCCAACCCACCCCCACACACCCCCGCCUGCUCGUCGCAAGGACCGAAGAUGGAGGAGCGGUCACCGUGAACCCGCCGACAGGCAGGAGCUCGCUCCACCGCCGGCCAACCUUUGCCGCUAGGACUGACCUCUUGACCCUGCGGCCGGGACAGUCCAAUGGCGAGAGCUGCCAACAGCCACUGCUCGGAGAGGAGCUGGUCUUCUCAUUGAAAGAUAAAAUAAUAGGUGCAGGAGUAGGCCAUUCGGCCCUUCGAGCCAGCACUGCCAUUCAAUAUGAUCGUGGCUGAUCAUCCAGAAUCAGUACCCCCGUUCCUGCUUUUUCCUCAUAUCCUUUGAUUCCGUUAGCCCCAAGAGCUACAUCUAACUCUCUCUUGAAAACAUCCAGUGAAUCGGCCUCCACUGCCUUCUGUGGCAGAGAAUUCCACAGAUUCCAACCCCUGUCCCAGGCAAUGGGAUAGCUCUGAGGGCCAGCAUCGGUGCGAUGGGCCGAGUGAUCAACUUCUGAAAUCUCCCGUUCUGAAAACAGAAGGUGACGUACAACAUGGGCAGCGAGUUCCACAUCUGCACCGAGUGUGGUGACCAACUCUUGCCCUAGAGCACCACGGACACAGAAGCUGACCAUUCGGCCCAUCUUCUGGUGAAGUAGGGGUGAGCAGCUUUGACUGAAGCUGCCUGGUCUCGACCCGGAACGUUGCCCACUCCUUCUCUCCAGAGACGCUGCCUGUCCCGCUGAGUUAGGCCAGCAUGUUUUUGUGCCCCUGUGACUGACCCGCGUUGCUUCCUUGCUGGCAAAGGAUCGCUCGAAACAAAAGAAUUGCACUGAAGAUAUUUUAUCUGUGGACAUUGUUCGGCUGGGCUGUAAUGUUUUGUUUUGUUAUCGUUGUUCUUGUAUCUGCGGUUUAGCUUGGCACGCCAACAUUCAUCCUCCCCCCGCCCCCUG